AUGAUUUAUACUUGUUUUUCAUAUAACCAUAAUUCAAAAGGAAAAGAAAAUCUAGAAAUUGAUAAUUAUAAUAAAUUAUUAAUAUUAAAAGGUUAUUCUAAUAUUAAAACUACUAUUGAAAAACGAAAUAAAGCAAUUUCUACAAUAAAAUCGUUAUUUGAAGAAAAAUUAAAAGAAAUUGAAUCAAUAAAUGGAAACAUUGAUUACAUAUUAGUAUUACCAGGUCAUCGUAUUGGUUAUUCAACUUUUCAAUAUAGUAUAAAUAAAUUCUAUCAAAACGAUAUCGAACAACAACAACAACCACAACAACAACAACAACAACAACAACAACAACAACAAGUACCAGAAAUUAAAAAAAAGUUUUUAUAUGUUAAAAGAAUUAAACAAACUGAACAACAAAAGAAAGAAGGAUUUCGUUCGAAAUUAUCAGAUAAAGAAGAGAUAAAGUCUGUUUUAUUACCAAUCGAAUUAAAUAAUAAAUUCAAUUUAGAAGGUAAAUCAAUUUUACUAUUGGAUGAUGCAACAACAACUGGUAGAACUUUAAAAAUAUAUGAAAAAAAUUUAAAAAAAUUAUGUAAAAAUAAUAAUAUUAAUGUUAAAAUUAUAAAAUUAGCAAUUACAAAAACAAUUUAA